AUGGGGGUGGAUUACUUUGGGCCAAUGACAGUAUCUGUCGGUCGCCGAUCGGAAAAACGCUGGGGGGUUAUAGCCACUUGCUUGACUGUACGGGCCAUCCAUUUGGAAGUCGCUCACUCACUCACUACUGACUCGUGUAUUAUGGCUCUACGCAACGUGAUUGCUAGAAGAGGAAUUCCAAAUGCUAUUUAUAGCGACCGCGGUACAAACUUUGUGGGCGCUAAUAAAGAAUUGAGGACGCAGUUCGACCAGUUAGACCACGAUAAGAUAUCAGCUGUAUUCGUCACAUCCCACACAACAUGGAGCUUCAUUCCGCCCAUGUCGCCUCAUAUGGGUGGAGCGUGGGAGAGACUAAUACGCACGGUCAAGCAAAAUCUAGACAGGUUACUCCCAAAUCGUUCGCCAACAGAUGAAACACUACGGAACAUACUGAUUGAAGUGGAGCACAUCGUUAACUCAAGGCCGUUAACUGAAAUCCCGCUUGACAAUGACCAAUCUCCAGUUCUAACUCCCAACCAUUUCAUCAUUGGGUCGUCCAACGGACUGCUUCCUUGGACCUGCUUCGACGAUAAUCCUGCGCGACUGAAGCAAAAUUGGCGUCUAUCGCAGAGUGUAGCGAACCAGUUUUGGAAGCAAUGGUUACGCGACUAUCUUCCCUCUCUGACUCGCAGGGCGAAAUGGAUCGAGGAAGUAAAACCGAUUAAAAUCAACGACAUUGUGGUUAUCGUCGACGAGAGGUUCCCUCGCAACUGUUGGCCAAAAGGACGUGUCAUAGCGACCAAAGUAGCAUCAGACGGACAAGUUAGGUCGGCAACCGUGCAAACCACCAAUAGGGUAUACGAGCGGCCGGCCGUCAAGCUCGCGGUUCUCGACGUUGACGUACGAGAGAAUACAUCUCAGAAGGAUCUUCGAUGCAUUGAAGAGGGGAGUGUUAAGAACGCAACGUCGAUCGACGGCUCCAGUCCACCCCUGCGUAAAAAUACCAGAAGAAACGCCGUCCACACCCGUCGACUGACAGGAGGAUCGGCUGUCGAAAUGUCAAAGGAUGUUGACGAAAGACGGGAAGAAGAAAACGAAAAGUAA